AUGCGCCGUCUGAAAAAGACACUACAGAGUAGCGAGACAAAGGAUGCUGCCAGUACCGCAGCUGGCGCCCUGAAGCAAGCCCUCGGAAUUUUCAGCGGUGUUGCCGGCAAUCUUGGUGUGCCGGGCGUGCAGAUAGGUGUCAGCGUCCUUUCAACCUUGUUGGAUUUGGUCCAGAAAUCGCAUGCAAACACGGAAAGCAUCAACGACCUGGCGAAGAAAGUCGGAGACCUGACAACGGCGAUGGAGGAAUGCACGAAAAUCUACGGUCAGAAUAUACCUGGGCCGAUGCAGGCCAGACUCGGUCGAUUGUUCUCGUAA